AUGUCUAAGAAGAGGGAGAAGGAGAAAGAGAAGGAAGAGAAGAAAUCUGAUGUAGGGCGGAAGCGGAAAGGUGCAGGAAAGUCAGGAAACGAGAACAAAGCAAAGAUGUCUAAAAGGGACGAUGGGGAUUCAGAUAGGAGUGAAGUGAAAGAAGCUUAUUCACUGCAGCUAAAGAAAAUCAAUACUCACUUAACAUGUGGCCUUUGUAAGGGUUAUUUGAUAGAUGCAACGACGGUUAUCGAUUGUCUACACACAUUUUGUAAAAGUUGUCUUCUCACCUAUUUUGAAGAAGAGGAUAACUGUUGCCCAACGUGCGAACAGCUGAUUCAUCAAAGCCAUCCCAGUCACUAUGUGGCAUUCGAUCGAACAAUGCAGGACAUUGUUUACAAAUUGGUACCUGGAUUACUGGAAGCGGAACGGAAACGACGAUUAGAAUUUUUGAAAGAUAAGAAACGAGAAGCAGGGGAGGAUGUUGAAGAGGAAGAAGAAGAAACAGAGAAGAAGGAAGAGUCUCCACAAGGAACAAAUCGGUGUUUCGAGGGAGAACCUGGAAUUUCGCAUCACCGAAAUGACGAGCAUGUACUCGUUUCGUUGAUACCAGGAGCACCGGAGCUUCCAACUCCUGUCCGAUCCAUAGUGCGACUAAGCGGGAUGGCCACCGUGAACACAUUGAAAAGGUACUUAGCUCAAAGCAUGUGGUCGAAUAUGUCGCGGUAUAGCGAGUUGGAUCUAUUCUGCAAUGAUGAACUAAUGGGACGAGAUUUUUCAAUGCGAUUUAUACAUCUCACUCGAUGUCGAAAUAAACUAAAAGAUGAGCCUUUGAGACUUGUAUAUAAAUAUCAUAUUGACUUCUAAUGUCACAGAUUUGUUUGUUAUACAUACUAAUGAUGACUAAUAUCCCCAUUAACAAUCUUCGUUAGCUCACUUUUAUUAUAUUUCGGUAUUGGCGCUCAUAAGUGCGCUUUGAUCUUUUACAUUGAUUCAGGUCUGUGUCCAGCGAAUGUGUUAUAUCUUCAGUCAUUACUUGUAUGUUGAUAGACUGCAAAUUUAACAAUUUUGUGAUGCUUUAUUAUGCAUUUAUUUUGACCCUUCAUGAUGUGAUCUCGUUUUGAGGUUAAAUGAUUUUUUU